GAACACACUGAGAGGAGCAGGGAAGGGUUUGGAUAGGCGCGCAGUCCCAGAUAGAAAACAGAGGGAUGGUGCGCUCUCUAACCUUCCUUCCACUGUGAUUUUUAUCAUAUAUAUUUUUUAAAUAAAGUGCACGUUUUGCAGCUUGUCAAACUUUAAUGCUCAUCUAUUUCUAAGAGUCCAAACUAAAUCAACUAAAAUGUCAACGACGCACGAAAGCUCCCCUGCGCCCAACCAGAGCCAUCUCUUCACGCCCAGCUCUGACACAGCGGACCGCUCCGGGAUGGAGACGCGGAUCAAGCUCCUGCUUUUCGGCUUGUGCGUAACCAUAGCUGCCGCCACCUUAGUUGGAGGCGUGUACUCGCUCCUUUCGCUCCUUCGGAUGAGGAGGAAAACCUCGCUGUGUGUCAUAGUGGCUUCCAUGUCGGUGGAUGACCUGCUGAGCGUCAUUCCUCUUUCCCUUUUCAUGCUCCUGCAGUGGGAGACCCGGUGGGGUGAAGGGUCGGGCAGCCUGUGCACCCUGUCCGGACUCCUCUAUGUAUUCCAGGGGGUUUCCAGCAACAUGAAGGCUUGCUUAAUAGCAGCUUACACUUUUUAUGUCACCAAGAGAUUCGGGGUGCUUCAGUCUUCACGCCGGCCGCUGAGAGUCCUGUGGGCUAUCGGCGGUGUGUGGGCGGUGAGCCUGGCCGUCAGCAUGCUGCCUUUGUGCGGAUGGGGCAGCUUCACUCCAGCCUCUCUGGGCUGUUUCCCGGAGAGCGACAGCUUUUACACCGUGCUGCUCUUCUCGCUGUAUCUCAUGUGUUUUUGCGGCUUUUUGGUUUUCUUUAUUCCCCUCACGUAUCAGUUGCUGUGCUCCAGAGAGCCUCAGAGGACGUUACUCUACUCGAGCUAUCUGGACAUGGCCAGGGGGCUGAGCGGCUCUGCUGCGCUCUGUGAGCUGCCGUCCUUCUCUCGGGACAGCAUGGACAGAAGUUUCAGUGCCUACAACGAAAUGAGCCCGAGUUCUUCUGGGACAGGAGUUAGGCAGAAAGAAGACGGCCGUCUUUCCCCCGUGUCUGGCAGUGGGCGGGGGGAAGAAGCUUCAGUUGGGGAUACACCUGUUGUGUUCGCGCAGAAGCGCUUCUCUAUGAUUCUGGCUGUUCUUCGAGUCAUUUUAUGGAUGCCCAUGAUGACUUUAGUCCUCAUACGGCAUGCAGCGGAUGCUCGCAGCUCUUCACUGGAGACUCUGAGCUUCUUUCUGACUCUGCUUGCACCUGCGAUCACUCCCCUAUUCGUGCUGUCUGAGCGCUGGAUCCAUAUGCCAUGUGGCUGCUUCAUUAACUGCCAGCGGGACCUAAAACAGGAACCUUCAGGCAUGAAAAGAAAAUUACAGUUCAGCCUUUCAUUGCAACAAGGCUAUGGAGUGUAUAAGCUGUCCCAUGCCACCAAGUCUCUAAGCAGCCCUCCUGUAGAGAAACCAUCUUAUCACAGCCUUUUUAAUUGUGACUUCCCAAAUACUCACCUUUGUGCACUGGAACCUGGUGGACUCUCAAGACUGAAUCCCAGUUUUGAUUUCAGCACCCCACUCCCAGUGGACAGCUCCUCUCAUGCCAGACUAUUUUUAGAAGCCACGGCUAGUGUAGUUGGGGCAGUGGCCGAUCAUCCCGUACUCCCCCAUGAGAACCACAAGGAUGAGGAAUUCCACUGUGUUCCCUCUCUGUCUUCUCAUCUGCGGGAAAAGGAUCACACUCUCAACGAUUCAUCAUCAGUUUUCGAUGGGCCUGAGAGGAGGCUCUCACAUGAGGAGUGCAGGAAAAUUGAGCUGACGGAUUGGGAGUGGUGCAGAAGUAAAUCAGAAAGAACACCCAGACAGCGCUCAUCAGGUGGUCUAUCGAUACCCCUGUGUGCCUUUCAGGGCACUGUAUCUCUCCAAGCACCCACUGGCAAGACGCUAUCGCUUUCCACCUAUGAGGUCAGCAGCGACGGCCUAAAAAUCUCUCCCAACAACGCUAAAAAGGUGGAAGUGUAUCGCUCAAAGUCUGUUGGCCAUGAGCCCAGUGCAGAUGACCCAGGAUCUGGAGGCCACACCGGAGAAGCCAACGUCAGCUGCGUAGGAAUGGAGAUUGGCAUGGGGAUGGGAAUAGGAGCAGGGGUUGGGGAUACCAACGUCAAAAUACACCUUGAGGUUUUGGAAAUCUGUGAUAACGAGGAGGCCAUGGACAGCGUCUCUAUUGUCUCUAACAUCAGCCAGUCUUCGACCCAUGCCCGCUCGCCGUCGCUGCGCUACUCUCGCAGGGAAAACCGCUUUGUUUCGUGUGACCUAGGUGAGACUGCGUCCUACUCCCUGCUCAUCCCGAGCGGUGGCAACACUGAAGCAGAGACCAUCAAUAUCACUAUUCCUGACACAGUGGAAGCCCAUCGGCAGAACAGCCGACGGCAGACACACGAGAGCUCAGGGUAUCAUGAGGAUAUUCAGCUGCUUAAUGAGGCUUACAGAAAGCAGGCAGGCGAGGGAGAAGAGUGAGAUAUGUACACAAUAACAAAAGGGGGGCCUCUCGGGGUGGAGGUUGAAAGAGCAACUCAGGCAGUAAAGUCAGUAUGACAAAUUUCCUAAUCAUUCCACAUUUUUUCCUUUACGAUCACAGCUUUAAUAGAGCUAAGACAUGAUAUGAACAGACUCGUUUAAAAUCUUUUAAUAGCCUCUUUGCCUUCCUGUGUACUUGUUCAGGUGAAAUGAUGAAAGCACAUGCAUAUCCUACAUACAAAAAUAUCCCUCCAAAAGGGCAUCUUGAUAGUUUUUCAACCUGUUGAAUGUUUUUGUAGAACACUUGGAUAAAGGUAUUUACUUUUUAACAGGAAAGUAAUCCUAAAUUUACUGCCAGAGCUGCAAUAAAAAUAUUGAGGGUGAAGUAUAUUAAUGUGUUAGGAUCGCACAUUAAAAGUCCAGAUAUAAAUCUAAUCAAGAUGCUGUUUUAAGAGUUGAAAAUAUAUUGAAUCUAAUUUAGCUGGACAGCUACGUCUUGGUGGAUUUGCAGUUGUGCAUUCUUUCCUUUUCCAGAUGAUGGGACGAGUAGUGUUGGUCAAGUGCACCUUUGUACCUUGAUUCAAGCUCUAAUUCAUUGCCGUGGAUUUUAUUUUCAGCUAUUACAUUAAAUAGGGACUGAAUAGAAAUAAAGGCCUUUGGUUUUUAGUGUUGUAGAAAUAUAAAAACAGUGUAUUCUUUUCCAUUCAUAAUUAUGUACCUACUGCUUUGUUUUGAUCUUUUAACCCCUCAAAAAAAAACUUUAAGUUUAUGGUUGUAACUAGGCAAAGUCUGGAAAGCUAAAGAGUUAUGAAUGCUUUUUCAAGGCAGUGAGAUACAGUGGCUUACAUGACUUAAAUAGUAUAAAAAGACAAACUAGUACCAUCAGCAUUUUGGCUCAGAUUUUUAUUAUGUGGCAACUUGUCACCAUGGAGCAGAUGCAGCAGGAGAGAAAAAACAGGUUGAAAAACUAAGAGCUGAGGUCUGAUCACAUUUCUCAUCUAAAAACAGCUCACGUGGACUACGUCACUAGUGACUCAGUGGUGAGGGGAGGGCCCACCUGACCCAUCUGUCUGACUCAUUCAAGUGUGUGUUGAGAAUAAGGAUGAGAGUGGCUGCUGUGAUGUCAGACAGACACCAAAAGUAUUCAUCUUGCAAUGAAAAAAGGUGUGUGCUCAUUUAAAAAUUCUUGUAUUUUCCAUUAAAACCAGCCACAGUGGCAAAAAUUUUUAAACUGAUCUGCUCCAAGUCAGCAAACUGUCUAGGUUGAAAAAUUAAUAGAGAAUCAGGUAAUAUUUUUAAUUAAGAUAAAAGACUUACUGUUUUGUCUCAGUCAGCUUCUAUGUUGUGCAAAUGAUUGACUGUAUAUUUUAUUUUAGCCAACAGAUGAAGAUAUAACUUUACAUUGCUAAGCCACCUGGAGCAAUCAUUUCUCAAUUUGCUUAGUUUGCUUCCUAUCAAUCAGUGACUAUAUACAUGCAUACAUUCAGUACACAGAUAAGGCAAACUCUAUCACCAUUGAGCCUUCCAUAAACAUUUUGAAUCAAUAUAGUGAGUGAAAUUUAGAAGCUAUAUCUAUCCUCAUAGGUAAUAGACGGGUGUUUAUAUUAUUACUACGAUGCACAUUCCCAUGUAUUUAUAGUUAAAAAAGCAGAGAUUUAGAUAUUGUAAUUUUUUUCAUUCCAAUUGAAAUGUAUUUAAUUUCAUUUUAGAAUUGUGUCUCCAGUAUUUUAGCUUAAUUCAGCAUGGGCUGAACUGUGUGGAUUUCAUUUACGGACCUUUUGAGUCAUUCACGGCUCCCCUCCUCCUGAAGACUGCCAUCAUUAAAUUUUCAUUUCAGGAAAUUACCUCCACCAGUAUCUGAAAUCCAGUCUUAUUUGAGCCGCUCCAGGGAAGAUCGUAGGAAAAAAUAAUGUACAGGCAUAUGAGUAAUGAUGAAUGUAGAUCUGUGUUUGUGGCAACUUUUUUUUUUAGCUGUUAAUUGUGCCAAAGGUUGCAGUUUAAGCACUACUUCAACUCUGAAGCCUAAUUAAUUCUAUCAUCUGUAUGUUUGUCUGUGUUAUGGUUU